AUGCCGUGGUACAGAAAUAUCGAGCAGCCAGUGUUUUACUAUGUUGCCGAGGUUAGAUACUUGAGAAUCUUACGCCAUCAUCUCUCGUUCCCUGAUGAAGAAUAUUCGUCGUUCAACGAGUAUUUCAUAAAGAAAUACAACUUGGAAAUUUACGAUCAGAAGCAGAAUUUGCUCGACGUCGACUUUACUUCAAAUCGUCUGAACUUAUUACUGCCCCGAGCUGGAGGAGGGCGACGAAAAACAGCUGCGGUUAAACCUGAAGACAACUCAGCUUUGUCACGACAGCGCCAGAUCUACGUCCCGGAACUGAUGGAUCGGCAUCCAAUAUCUGCUACGUUAUGGAAUCUAAUAUCAGCGUUGCCGAGCUUCUUUUACCGGAUCAACCACCUCUUGCUGGCAGACGAGCUGCGUCAAAAGACGUUAAUUGAUGCUCUAGGAUAUUCCAAGGAAGAUGCCAUAGUCCGGAUAAUUACGAAUGGACGCCGCUUUCCUAUCCCGCUACAUAUGAGGAGAAACAAUCACUCAUUGUUACGAAAAAUCCAACAACUCAGGGAACAAAAUCGUGCGACUGAAAUCGCUGCAGGAAAGCUCACCAAAGAUCAAAUCGAGGCGGAGGUGACU